AACUUGAUAGCAGAUACUAUUUAUAUCCGACUCCAAUCCAAGAGCUUUCACUGGUCAAAGGACUUUUGAUCUAAACUUUGUCUCUGAGUAAAGAUUUCUGUUUAUAUUUUAUACACCUUUUAUUCUCACCCACAGGUCCUCCAUCUGAAGAGGGUCUUUUUACUUCCUUGGCGACUUUUACAUGGGCAGCUCUGUUAAUUUGGAGUCUACUCUUUUUUUAACCUUCCUCCUUGACUUUUUGAAAAUGAACUAACUCAGGUUUACAUAUCUGGGAUUUUCUUUGUAUACAUUGUUUUUAUUUGUAAUUUGACUUAGUGGAAAAUGACUUCCAGGAGGCCAAUGACUCGCUCAUAUUCUGGCAAUGGAAGAACGAGCAGCUUCAGUGAAGAGGAGGGUGGCUCUUCCAGUGGCCGCUCCGAGAGCCGCAAUACUUAUCUGUCCAAUGUCAGGCCUGAAAACAGCUAUUCAAGGUAUUCUCACUACAGAUCGGCGAGGAGCACAUUGUGCAGUGUCAUGGCUCAGCUCACAGAGGACAUACAGCCGUCUUUUGAGACCACGCUGAAAUCCAAGGCUGUGUCAGAAAACUGUAAUGUGAAAUUCACCUGCGUCGUGUCAGGUUUCCCAGCUCCAGAACUGAAAUGGUAUAAAGACGACAUGGAAAUGGACCGUUACUGUGGACUCCCUAAAUAUGAAAUCCGACGAAAUGGAAAAACUCACACUCUUCAUAUUUAUAACUGCACCUUAGAUGAUGCAGCAAUCUACCAGGUCUCUGCCAGCAAUAGUAAAGGUAUUGUCUCCUGCUCUGGUGUUUUGGAAGUUGGUACCAUGAAUGAAUACAAGAUCCACCAGCGAUUCUUUGAUAAACUGAAGCAGAAAGCAGAGAAGAAGAAAAAAGAUGUCGAGGAUAAGGGCAAGAAGGACAAUAAAGAAAACAUUCAGAAAGAAGAGCAGCGAAGAAGCCUUGAGCAUUCACAAAGAAAACGCUCUGUGCCUCCACUGGAGGAGAAGCCAGUGGUCCACAACUCUGUGGCUGCAGAGCAGCCAAAAGAUGCUGCUGAAUCAAAGGUAAUUAUCUCUGAAGGCAAAGAUACGGGGGAUAUAACUUCAGUAAAUGGUUCUUUGGAAAAGGAGUCAGAGGAAACACUGGCUAAAAAGAGAAUAAAGAUGUCAGAUGACGUGGAUAUUGGAGCCAAAAGCAACGUUAGCGGAAGCCACAUGAUGGGAAAUGGAGGAGAGAAUUCCUAUGAUGGAGGAAUAGGUUUAGCACAGUUUUUGGCAGAGACUCUACAGUCUGAAUCUGUUGAGGAGAAUCAGGAGGAGAAAAGUAGAGAGAAAGGCACAGCUGCUUCGAGCGAUAAUAAGGAAAAUGAGACUGAGGAGAUUAAGAACAAGUUUGAAGAGCUGGAAAAAGAAGAAACCAUAAAAGAGAAAAGAAUAGAAGAAGAGUUAUUCAUAGACAGAGAAAAUAAAAGAGAAAAGCAACCAGAGAUGGCACACACAGCAGUUCACACCAAACUCCAAAAGUCUAAUAGUCCAGUAGUCAAACAUCACAACAAGAGUCAAAAAGAUCAUGACCAGCACAACAUACAGGCCUCAAUCUCCUCCAUGCUGCACUCUGUUAAAGACUUCUUCUUUGGUAAGAGCAAGAAAGACCCUCUCUCUAUAUCACACACAGAGAAUGAGGAAAAAGAUUUUGACAUCCCAGCAGUUCUUUCUGAGCCUGAACCAGACAUGCCUCCAUCAUUUCAGUUGCAAGCAGAACAUAGUUCUGAGGUUCUCAAGCACCCGGCAGAGGAGGCUGUGCCAAUGGAAACUGAUAAAGCACCGGAGCCCUCAGAAAGUGUGGUGCAAGAAGCAAAACCAGGAGUAAUACUUAAAUCUAACUGUGAAGAUGAAGACCGACCACCAGAUCAUAAACUCCUUCCUGAGGAAACAGGUGAAGAGAGUAUAAGAGGGGCUGAUGAGACUGUGGAAGCCAUGGAGGUAUCUGUGGAGAAGGAGAGCAGCAGUGCAGUGGAGGAAAAGUCAUCUGGGUUUCAAGUUCACACUGAGGAUGAAAAGAAAGACUCAGGAAUAGUUUCAGUCAUUAAAGAAGAGCAAACCCAGCAAAAGGGGACAGAUGGCCUGCUUGAUCCCAAGUCUGGAAAAGAUGACCCUUUAUCUCAGAAAGAUAAAGAACAUUCCCUGUUUAAGAGAGAAGAUUCCUCCACUCCACCUCAGAAUGUUAUCUCAGUGGCAGAAAGCCACAACCCUGAAAUUGCACCUAUGGAAACGUUGGAAAAGAAAGAGGUCAGGGUUCUUAAAAUAGACAGAGACAAGCCUGACAAUAAAGAGCAUCAGUCCUCCUACAAGUUAUCUAUGGAGGAGAAAACUGAAGUGAAAUCUAACCAACAACCCGACAUGGAUAUAAACAACUCUUUGAUCGCAAAAAUAUCUGCAGGUUUUCCAGAAGACAGAAUUGAGCUGCACGAAUCUGAAACAACGGAUCAGGUGCUGUCUGCUCUUCCUGUUGCGGUAGCUAACACUGCAGAAAAAGAUAAUUUAAAACAAGGGGCCAAAUGCAGUUCUCUUAUUCAGGAAAUGAAUGCAGGAUUUCCGCCCUCUCAAUUCUCACAGUGUUUAGAGAUGGGUGACCUAAAAUAUCAACGUGAACAAGCCCCUGGAGGUGGGGAAAUAACAGAUGACCACCAAACUAAAACCACAAAGAUUUCAAACAUAGAGGAGAGAGGGGAGACAAAAGAGGAAUUCCAUUGUUCCUCAGCAGAGGAUGUAGAGAUGAAUAGGUGCAACAAUUUAAAAACACAAGAGCAAGUUACAAUACAAGCAGAUAAAAGAGAAGAAAGCAAUGCAUGUUUACAGGUAGAGACACUAAAAGAUAUGAGCCCGAAUGAGGAAGAAUUAAGCAAACCACAGACACUUGUAGUAACACAGGACAAUGAAGAUAACACAAUUGCCCUGGAGGACAAAAGUAAUGUUCCCCAUGGAAAAAACAGUGAUCAUAGUUGUAAUAUGAUAAAUAUUCCAUCAAUCGAAAUAUCCACUACUGAAGAAAUUACAGAUGUUAACCUAUCUAAACCAGGAAUAAUCCCAAGUGAAGAAUGUAUAAUCCCAACUAUUAAAAUAAUGGAGCCUGAUGUAAAAGAGGGCACUUUGCCACUAAGUAUUUUGGCACUUAACAAGCCAGAUCUAAAAGAUCUGCAAAAACAUGAUGCAACUCAUGAAUCAAAGGCAGGAAUCCAAGAUUUGGGAGUGUCUGAUUUUGCAGGCAUAUCCCACACGCAGAGAGGAAUGCAGCAUAAUGAUGAACUCUUACCUAAAGAAAAGAACCAGGAAACUACUCAAGUAACGCACAAACAUCAAAGCAGUGAACAGCUCCCUCUGUUGGAAUAUGCUUCAAUUCCUGUCAUAAAUGUUUUGUGCAGUGAUGAUCAGGAGAGUGAUGCCAUUAGUAGCAGUGGUUGUUGGGGGAAAGAAAAGGCUUUUGAAACACCAAAAGAGUCUUUGUUUACAGUUCCCCCUAUAUCUGUCACAUGUCAUGAAAGUGAAGUUGAACUUAAACUGCCUGUUCCCACCGAGAGGAGAGAAACCGAAACUUCAGUAGGUACGCAAAGGGGAACAAAGCAAUGUGUAGAUGAAAACCUGAGUCAGAGGCCUGAAAUACCUCAAAGAAGAAAAGACUUAAAGGAAAAGACCCAAAAAGAGAACACGCUGACAUUACUUGGUGAAACUCCAGCACCAAAGGUUGGUAGCAGUAUGUCACCUUUAAGUAAACCAACAGAGGACAAUAUUAUGCCUGAAACCUUAAAACAAAAGUCCCCAAAAGAUGGCAAAAGAGAGAGUUCUGUGUCUGUUGAGGAUUUCCUAAAAAACAGACCAUCCGUUGAAAGGCUAAGCUCCAAACCCCCGACAUACCCAUCUUUAAGUCCUUCUAGUCUACGUAAAUUUAUGUCCAAAUCAGCUCUAGAUGUAGACAAUGAGACCACAGCCAACACCCCUGCAAUCUCUGUCGAGGAUCGUCAGAGCGACAAGGCAGAUGAAGAUUUCAGUGGGGGAUCCACGCCAACAUCAUCCUUAUCCUGUGAGAGCAGCCCCCGGCUUAAACGCCGAGACAGCCUGACACUCAUACGUUCUGCCACACCAGAGGAGCUGGCCUCUGGAGCUCGGCGCAAAAUUUUCAUCCCAAAAAGAGAAGAGGAGUUGGAAGGAGCAGUGUUUAGUGUGUUAGAAGGCAAGAAGGAGAGCCCCUAUAUGUCACCAAGCCAGGCUCGGAGAGCUGCAUUGCUACAAGCCUCCACAGGACAAAAAACCCCACCAAUGGAGAGACGCUCUCCACUUAUGAGUCGCAGAAAAGUUACGCUGGAGGUGCCAAAGGUUGUAGAGGAGACUCCUACGACAGAAUCAGCUACUAAGGUAGAGGAAAGAGCAGCUGGCAAGAAGACAGACCCUUUGAAAGCUCCUCAAGUAAUCCGUAAAAUCAGAGGAGAGCCCUUCCCAGAUGCUUCUGGGCACCUGAAGCUGUGGUGCCAGUUCUUCAAUGUGCUCAAUGACUCCAACAUUAAGUGGUUCAAAGACGAGGAAGAAAUACUGGAGAUGAAGAGAAGUGGAGGAGAUGAGAGCCAAGUAGCUCUGGCCAUUGUUCAUGCAUCCAGCCAGGACUGUGGUGUGUAUGGAUGUUCAAUCACUAAUGAAUAUGGGACUGACACGACUGAUUUCUUGCUCAGUAAAGAAAUUCUAUCUGAAUUUCUACUCAAGGAAGACUUGGAAGUUGGAGAGGAGAUUGAGAUGACCCCACUGCUGUUUACCAAAGGCCUGGCAGACAGCGGCACAUGGGGAGAAAAAUACUUUGGCCGCAUUUUAACUGAGACCGUCCACAUUGGGGAGGGCUGCACUCAUAAAGCCAGCAGGGUUAAGGUUAUCUAUGGCUUGGAUCCUGUAUUUGAGUCUGGAAGCACCUGCAUCAUCAAAGUUAGAAACCCCAUUGCUUAUGGGAUCAAACCAGAGAGCACCCUUGCAGAGAGAAAUUUGGAUAUUACCAAGCAAGAAUGUAAAGUUCAAGACAUGGUCAGAGAAUACUGCAAAAUAUUUGCAGCUGAAGCAAGAGUAAAUGAAAACUUUGGCUUCUCAUUAGAAGUGAUUCCUCGGUAUCUGAUUCACCGGCCUGCAAACUCUGUGCCAUAUGCCACAGUGGAGGCUGAUCUGAAGGGAGACUUUGGGAAGUAUUGUACCAUAGAUCAAAAAGGCAAGCUGUUUUCACAAAACACUUCAGAGCUUGAGCAGAAAUGCUGCACCUUCCAACACUGGAUCCAUCAGUGGACACAUGGAAAUUUGCUGGUUACUCAGCUGGAGGGUGUUGAAACUAAAAUUACAAAUGUUAAAGUUGUGACCAAGUCAAAAGGAUACCAAGGACUUACUGAAUGUGGCUCACCAGAAGUAUUUGAUCAGUUCCUGACGUACCAUCAAUGCAACUACUACUGCGGACUUCUUGGUCUUCGAGCACUAAAAACAGAUCCGCAGCAGUCUGGCAAGAUUAAGAGCUCUAGAAGCCCACUGCUCAACCGAAAGCUGGGCUCCAACAGCCCACAGCUGCAGCGAAAAGGGCACAGCCCACAGAUGUCUAGAAAAGCAAACCUCAGCCCAAAGACAGCCAGAAAGGCUCACGAACCAGAGGACAGUUGUAACUCAGGUGGGAAACAAAAGCCUGUUGAAAGUCUUUCUAUUCCUGAACUGAGGUAGGAAAUAGGAACUCCCCUUUAAUUCCAGCAUUGACUGAGCGUAUCUUCCCUACUGUCAUUCUUCAGAAGUCAUUGGGCCUUAUGCAAGAAGCGUUCAUAUGAAAAAAUUUAUUUUCAAAUCAUUCAUAUGAGUGAUUUAGGAGGAACUGGCUCCUUCACCAUUUUUCUCCUAUUUCUAAUCAUCUCUCGUCUCCAGACUUGACGUAUGAGUCUUGCACAAUCAGUUAUCCAAGAAUAGUUUUUCACUAAAUGGCUACAUGUGUUAGUAUGUAUGUCCAAUGUCCAUUUUAUAAGGAUACGUCAUUAUAUAUUAUGAAACUCUGCAAUGAUAGUACAUUUGUACUCCCUGAUGACAGAACUUUCAGUCACUACACCUGCAGCUGGCAUGUUAGUAUCCAGCGGAAACUGUUUUAAUUUGUUGUCGCUUCAUCAAAAAAAAAGAACAGUCAGUGCGCUCUAUGUGAGAAGCUACUAUUGAAAUAACAUCUGGAAUACAAAAAAAGAUAGAAAGUUCAGAAUAUAGUUCACCAACAGGCUGCUUGAAACUGCUCUAGAUUUGAAUUCAUAUCUCUCCAUGGGGCCACCUUGGCUACGUCAUUACACUGAAUGUGGAACGUUGGGGUCUGUCUGAAUUUUUCAAACGAGAGUUGUGGCGUUAACAUUUUGAAGUUUCUUCUUGUAUUAGAAAGUUGGAGAGUGUAAUGAAAGGGUGACAGACAUGAUUUGUAGAUGUACAGUACAUGUGAGUAUGUGCAUUAAAAGGAGAUUUCUAGGAAUGUUGUCUUGGUUGAUGAUGAAGUCAUAUUAAGCAUUUACAUGAUAUGUUGCACCUCUUGCCUCCCUCAGUAGUUUUUAGUGACCGUCUUGCUUUUUAUAGACAUGUUUUAGACACCAUUUGUAGAUCAAAUGAUUUUUCCUUUUAUUAUUAUUUGUAUUCUUUUAUUUUCUUUUUACUUUUGUAACAGUUCAACCACAUAAUUUACAGCUCUUGUGAUUCAUGUCCCACACUCCAUGAACACUCUCCAUUACAUGCA